AUGAUAGCCUGCCUUUUGUCUGUGUGCAUUAAAGUUGGCGAAAAGCGAGACUGGAUUUCGUUUAGUCUUCUGUUGUUUCUCUGCAACGUGAUGGUCUGGGCCGACUAUCUUGGAGAACGAUCAGCAUCGAAUGCGAUUAGCGCUGUGGAGAAACUGGCGGCGGUAGAGUGCAGCACCAAGCGUGACGGCUCGUAUAUCACCAUCAAUGUUGUUGAUUUAGUUCCAGGCGAUGUCGUUUGGCUGAAAGCAGGAAUGGUCGUUCCAGCAGACGGAGUGUUCAUACCGCCACAAAAAUAUUUAACAGUGGAUGAGUCAGCACUUACUGGGGAAUCAGUACCGAUUAAGAAGCACAGAGGAGCCGAGCUGCUCAGUGGCUCCGUGGUGCAGCGGGGGGAAGGAGCAAUGCUAGUACAAAGGACCGGAGCUCAGUCUUUCUACGGCAAAACUAUAGCACUCCUGGCUCGAGCAGAGGCAAAGGGUCACCUGCGAACGAUUCUCGAUAAGGCCUCAAAAGUACUGACACUGACAGCUGUGGGAUUCGCCGUUUUCCUCAUAUUUUGGGAGGCGUUUCACCCUGUCUGGAUACAGAUGAGCAGCGGAAAUGUUAACGUCGGCUCCCUGUUCAAGCGCGCUUUCACUCUGAUUGCUGCCGUAAUCCCUGCUGCCAUGCCAGUAGUCACUACAACGGUGCUUGCCGUGGGGUCUGUAGCUAUGAGCAAGGAGCAUGCAGUGGUGUCAAGGCUGUCGGCCAUAGAGGAAGCAGCUGGCGUUGAAGUCUUGUGCACCGAUAAAACUGGCACUCUCACGCUGAACAUUCUUAGUUUGUCCAGAGAUGAGAUCUUCGUUGAGGCCAGUCACACCAUUGAUCAACUACUGGUCUACGCCUCACUUGCAGCAAGCCUGACAGACCCCGACGCCAUUGAUAGGGCUAUCAACUCAGUUGUAGAUAUGAAUGAACGGGCGAAUUUUACUGUCCUUGACUACACACCUUUCAAUCCGGUGGACAAACGUGCUGAAAGUAUCGUGCGGUCGAAAUCGGGCGAAAUCCUCUUGGUCACGAAAGGUGCACCUCACAUAAUAAGUGAGCUAGUCUGUGCACCUGACGAUUCAGCGAAACGCCAAGCGCUUCAGUCAAUUAUUGAGGAUAAAGCCAGAAGAGGCCUACGCACCCUGGGUGUUGCUAUUAAGCGACUCGGAAAUGAAGCCGUCAAGACUAUCGAAGAGGCCUCUGAGAGUGUCAGCGACACCACAUGGGAUUUCGUUGGCUUUUUGUGCCUGAUGGACCCUCCACGACCCGACACAAGGGAGACUUUAGAACGGUCGAAACAUAUGGGAAUAAGCGUGAAAAUGCUGACAGGGGACCAGCAGGCGAUUGCGGCAGAGACAGCGAGGCUCUUAGGGCUUGGCGACAACAUCUCUGGGCCAGAGAUAUUCCGUUCCAGGCCGAAAGGCAUGGAGAGUGACGUGGCUUUCCGAGAGUACAUUGGCAAUGUGGAUGGCUUUUCUGGAGUAUUCCCUGAACACAAAUUCGAAAUUGUUGACAACCUGCAGCAAGGCGGCCGCCUUGUUGCCAUGACAGGUGACGGAGUCAACGAUGCACCUGCACUGAAAAGGGCAACUGUAGGGAUUGCAGUCAGUGGCGCAACGGAAGCGGCGCGCGCAGCAGCGGAUAUAAUUCUGCUCGAGCCGGGUUUGUCCAGCAUUAUCACCGUCUUUAGUUUGUCCCGCCAGAUUUUCAAGCGCAUCGAGGCGUACAUCACUUUUCGUAUCCAUAGUAGCUUUAUGACCCUGUUCUUUUGGUGGGGCUGUGUAGUCAUUUUUGACUACGAAUAUCCCACUUGGGUGCUGGUGCUUGUUGCCAUUAUAAAUGAUUUCGUGCUCAUGAGCUGUUCCCGAGAUAACGUCCCAUCGUCUAGCAAGCCACUGAUCUGGUCGAUGCUUCAAGUGUCAUCCAUUGCUUUUCUGACUGCAACGCUCAUGGCUAUAAGCUUGUUACUGUAUAUAUACUUGUCCGAUCCAAGGUAUGGAGUGAACUGGUGGGAAGCGUUCGGCUUAGAGCGCUUCCAGGAAUCCGACACCGUGACCUACGGGAAAAUGCCGAAGAGCCUUCAAACUACUUGUGGGGUCUGGCUGUUGUUCACUUUAUGCAUUCAGUUCAGUUUCCACAGCUGCCGUACCCGCAACUUUGGGCUAAUUUACAGCGCAGAAAAUCGUCCUCCAUCAUUAAUUGUCCUAACACCUCAAAUUUUGGCUAUCCUGCUAACUCUGUUCCUUUCAGUUUACUGGAGGACUGAGUGGCAGGUUUCGUCAGGACCAAGUAUGGUUGGCGUCUCUUGGGGCCACGCUGGAAUAACAAUUCUCUGGGGCAUUGUCUGGUUUAUUUUCACUGACUGCUGGAAGGUUGCUCACUGCGCCUUCAUCUGGCCUUAUCUUGAAAGGUUAGAAAGAACGUGGCGGAAAAGCCACUCAGAAACGUUGCCUGAAGAGCAGCGGCGCAGAGGCAAGAUGCGUCUCGCGCUUAAAACGAUGGAAGAGCAGAGGCGGAAGAGGGCACAGGCCUGGAAACGGCAGCGGCAGGCUGUCAUGGAUUCCCUGCGCCGACAGAAGUUGAAAUCGGGAAACACAGCACAACAAAGUACAAAAGGCGCUGGAGAUCACGUCUCUAGAUCCUCACACCCUUAA